AUGAUAGGAAUUUGGUGGUUAUCGAUUCUUGUUUUGAUAUCCGGUUACAGUGGGGCGUUAAUGUCUUUUAUGACAUGUCCUUUAACUGAGUCUGUUCCAAGAGAUUUUCAGGAACUUGCUGUUUUUGUCCGCAACGGAGAGUUCUCAUGCGGAACAUACAAAGGAUUUUUUGUGUGGAAAGACAUCAUGGAAUCGAAGUCAGAAAAUAUUAAAAUUAUAAGUGAAAACAUUCUCUCGAAUAAUAACUUCAUGUCUACAACAGAAGGCAUUAAAAAAGCGCAGAAUGAACGAUUUGCAUACAUAAUGACUAAACUUGUGUUAAAUCUGUACAUCAGUAAAGUAGAAAGGCAUAAAUAUGUGAUGUCAAAAGAUUUUUUUCGUUCAUAUAUGAUCGCUUUUGCAAUCAGAAAGAAUUUUCCAUUUAAGAAGGAGUUAUCUAACACAAUAACUCACAUGUUUGAAGCUGGAAUAUUUGAGAUAUUGUAUCCUCAGAAAGUUGAAGAAUUCCAAAAAGCAUCAGAAUUCCAACCGUUGUCAAUAGAAGAUAUUAAAAGUCCUUUGUUACUUAUGGGCAUUGGAUAUCUAGUGUCUUUAAUCUGCUUAAUCAUUGAAAUAAUAUUAACUAAAGUGAUUAAAAUUCUUACUCGUAAUCGACUUUAUUAA